AUGCGUCUCCGGGCAAAUCCUACAUGCCACAUACCAGCUCCCUCGACUAGAAGAGGGUUCUCCGUCUGCCGGGCUUGCAACAACGCAGACAAGACAGCCUCUAAACUUACAACAAAGGCCUUUCUCCCUCGACGCGAAAUCCUCACUCUGCUGCACAAAACGGAUAAUUUCUUACCGCGCGUUCUUCUUUCGCCAAACCCAUGGACUGCGUCGCUUCACAACGUGUAUCAAGACUUAAAUUCACAAUCCAACUCACCGGCUCGUGUUGUAGUUUAUGGGAUGGAUGAGUGGUCGGGUGCCCAAGAUUUAGUGACCGCGUUACUAGAAGAGCCUUUUAGCUCUGAUAGCUUUCAAUCUGAAUACGUUAGGGGUCGAUGGCGAACAGACGAACGCAGUAUAACUCUAGACGAAGGGCAGUCCUCUUAUCUCCGGCAUUUUGCUUUGCCCGUUCGCUUGACUGAGGUUAGACCUCCCUCGCACCCCAACACCGCGCGCAAUCACCCCAACACCAUCGAACCGGGAGACGUGACUUCCCUCGUUGAUGCCGACAUUCCCAUCAUCGUAUGCAACCCACUUACCACGCCUCUUCAUACGCUGUUCUCUAACCCCGGAUUGCCAUGGCACAACCCCCGUGUCAUUGUCGUACUCACGUCGUCCGGGACGCUGCCGCCACUGGCUCAUCUCAUAUCCGUGACACCCCCCACAGCACAUGGUCGACAAGUGGCACCGGAACUGAAGUCUCGCCUCCACAAACUCAAAAUCCUCACGAUUGAUCCUUUGCGUGCCCUGGGCGCGCUGAAUACGCUCAAAGCAAGUCCAACGUCAGCCACUGCCAUCCAAAGGUAUCAGGAUGACUUCCUCGGCUCGGGAAUAUCAUCACUCUCCCAUACCCUUUCGGAGUAUCUGGAUUUCACAGAACCAGACCCAUGUGGGGAUAAUCUACAUCUGCGGGCUACAACUCAGUUGAGAGGCAGCUUGGACGCGUGCAAGUCCUUCCUGUCAACAAAGAAGGCCGACUUGGAUGUCGUGGUAUCGGGCGUGAGCGAGUUGAGAAGGGAGAUAGCCAACGUGGAGGAAGGUCUUUCCCAUAAGAUCUUUGACAUACCGCAAAAUGCGGAUCCUGCCACGCGGUCGGAAGGACGGGCUAUUGGUGAAGUAGAACGCUCGUUGAAGGACUCGGAGCAAGCCAUGAAGCUCGUGAUGGGCCGUUUAACCUGGUGGCGAAUGGUAUCCCAAGUAGACGAAAUUGGCACUGUCGUAGCCGAUUCGGUUGCACGGACCUGGUGUAGAGACCUCGACGCCAAACUACUCAUUCAUACUGGGAACCUCACCUACACGCAAGAGCACCUUACAUCUACUACGAUGCAUCUACUUCGUUCUCUUCCCCUCUCAUCGCCCGUCCUUUUGAACACACUCCUCCAAACGUCUAGUUCCCCAACCUACCCGCUCACCCCGACCACACUUACAGCUCCUUUGCAUCGCAGACGGGCCCAAAUAAUCGAAUACCCGACCACGAGAUUGCAGCUCGCCGCGCAAAGGGUGACGAUUGGGGUGCUGGGGAGUGCUGGGGCAGGUGCGGGAGUGUCAUGGGCUGGAUGGGUUGGGUGGUUAGCUGAGAGCGGGGUGUUCGGGAUGCCAAUUGGCGGGACGACGGCGCUGGGCGUCGGGGUGUUGAGUACGCUCGUAGGAGUGAGAUGGGCCGUCGGGCGAUGGGAAAAGGCCAAGAAACGUUGGUGGGAGGAUUGGCACAGAGUUGGAGAUGGAUUGGCCCGGGACUUAAAGUCCAAUCUAUCUGAGACUAUAUCAUCCAACAUAGUCAUCGUACCCCACAUAGCAUCUAAAAAGCUGCUUGAGUUAGUGGAGAAGAGGAAAAAUGAGAUCGCGGAUUUGGAAGAUGAAUUGGAUGAUCUCGAAAUUGCGAUGUCGAAAUUGGAGGGCAAGGAGGGGAAUUGA